AUGUGAAUUAAAUACAGGCAGAGUAGUGGUACACAUUGAAGCAGAUUCCAGAUCUGCACAGCGGAAAUCAUCUUUCUUCCAUUUCACAAUUCCUUUCUGAAAGUUUCAUUUUAACCUCUGGAAAAAAAUUCAUUUGCUUCUCUUCUAAAAAAUAUGUUGAUAGGGCAACUGACUGCCGCUUUCCCCUCUUCGCCUUUUCACUUUUUCUAAGCAACCCAUAAAAACAAGUCAUUUCAUCCACAUUACACCUUUUUUAUUGCAUAUUUAUCACUGCGAAAGCAUCGCUGAAAUCAGGGAUCUGUACACCUCCAUCAUCAUCAGGAAACAUUUGCAAAAAUCGGGUUCUUUUUUGUUGAAGCAAAGGAAAUCAUGUUCAGGCAAUCGCCUCGAAGGAGCGGGAGAAACAAAGGGAUCAAAGUGAAGCACGUGCUGCAGAUAUGUCUCUUGCUCGGUGUUUCGAUAUGGCUGCUCUACCAAGUGCAGCACUCUCGUGACAAAAAGGCAUCGUUAGAGAAUGCGAAAGUUUUGUCCAAGAUUGAAGAGGAGAGUGAUCGUAUCAAGUUAGGGAGAAAGGAUCUCCAGCCGAAGAUCGAAGAAGAACAAGAAGAUGUUUCUGAAGAGAAGGAGAAAGAGGAUGACCAUCAAACGGAGGAGAAAUCGCAUUUUGACGAUGAAAAUAAGCCGGAGGAUCAGUGGCAUGAGGGAGAGAAUUCGGUGGAUGACAGAAAGGACAUUGAAGAUAGUAAGGAGAACGAGAACAGAGAAGAAGAGAAUGAGGAUAAGACGACGGACAGUGAAGAGAAGGAAACGGGUAGAGACGAGGAAAGUGAAACGAGUACAGAAAAGGAAAAUGAGGAGCAUGAGAAUGGGAAAGAAGAAAACGGUGGUUUGAAUAGUGAAGAGAAGGGGAAUGAGGAGAAAGGAGAUGAUGUUAAAGAAGGGGAUGGUGAAGGGAUUAAAAGCGAACUAACGAGAGAGAAUGAUGGAGAUAGUGAAAGCAGAGAGGGAAAACGUGAAGAAGAAGUAACCGGAGAGAAUGAGAUCAAAGAGGGCAAGAGUGAAGAAGAAGCAGGUGGAGAGAGUGAGAGCAAAGAAAAUAGUGAAGAGAAAACGGAAGAUAGUGACAGCAAAGAGAACAGAAGUGAAGAAACAACGGGCGAGAGUGAGAACAAAGAGAACAGAAGUGAAGAAUCGACGGGCGAGGGUGAGAACAAAGAGAACAAAGGUGAAGAAUCGAUGGGCGAGAGUGAGAACAAAGAGAACAAAAGUGAAGAAACGAUGGGCGAUAGUGAGAACAAAGAGAACAAAAGUGAAGAAACGACGGGCAGAAGUGAGAAUAAAGAGGGUGAAGAAACGACGGGCAGGAGCGAGAACAAAGAGGGUGAAGAAACGAUGGGCAGAAGCGAGAACAAAGAGGGUGAAGAAACGACGGGCAAGAGCGAGAACAAAGAGCGCAAGAGUGAGGAAAUAAGUGGAGGAGGUGAGAGCAUUGAGAAUAAAGGUGAAGAAACGACGGGCGAGAGUGAGAUCCAAGACAGCAAAAACAAAGAAACAACGACAGAAAACGAGAGCAAAACUGAAGAAACAACAGGAGAGGGUGAGAAGAAAGAUUAUAAAAGUGAAGAAACAAAAGAAGAGAACGAGAUCAAAGAGAUCAAAGGAGAAGAAAAAACAGGAGAGAACGAGAGCAAAGAGAACAAAGGUGAAGAAACAACCGGAGAAAACGAGCAGAAAGAGAAGAAAAACGAAGAGAAUGGUAAGAUAAAUGAGAAAGAAAGUGAAUCCUCACAAGAGAACCCAAUAGAAGAGAAGGGAGUCACACAAAAGAAGAAUGAUGGGAAGGAAGAGAUCAAUGGGAAGGAUGAAAGUGGUAGCAGCAACGAGCACGAGGAACAAAACAACAAACACGAAGACGGUUCAAUCGAAAAAUCUAGUUCAUUAGAGGGAUCCGAGGGUCAAGGAAAAACCGAUGAAAAUAAUAAUGACUCGAAGGAAAAUAAUGGAGCUGGAGAAAGUGUCUCUAGUAGUACAGAAAAUAGCGACACCAGUUCGAAUUCAAACAGCGGGAAUGAGAAUGAGGUGGACAACAGUAACUCUUCGAAGCCGGUAAACGACCACGAUUCUUCGGCAGAAACAACUGAAGCCAACGAAGAAAAGCACGAGGUGAAUAAUGAAAACCCUACCACAUCAACUGAUGAUAAUAAUGUCGUUCUAAAGGAACAAACGGAAAAAAUUGACACAAGCAAUGAGAAACCAGAUUCGGAUUCGGAAAACGGGAUUUCGAAGGAAUCAUCUACAACAAACGACUCCGAAACUACAAAUGUGAACGAGAGUAACUCAUCUGAUGAGAAAACAACAAAUUCGUUUAACGACAGUAAUGGAUCAGUGGACGAAGGGCAGAGUAAAAUGGAAGGUUCUUCAGAUGAAUCGUCGACUUCUAUUCCUCAAGAAGAGAAAGAUGCUCGAACGGACCUCGAGACCCUUCCGGAAACUGGGAACGAAGGCAACAACCUCGAUGCCACUGCAUAGUGAGAUAUUUUAUUUUACGAAUUAUUUGUAGUUGUCAAAAGUUUUUUGUUUCUUUGUGUUUUUAUCUUCUUUUUUUAGCUCUUGCAAAAAGCAAAUGUGAUAGUAUUCGAACUUUCGUCAAUCUCUUGCAUAAUGUACGCAGGUGCUACUAGCGUCGCGUUGAUGUGAAAUUUCGCAUCAGUGCUCGUUAAUUCUUUCUUUGUUAUCUCAAUUUUUUUCUGUCAAGUGUAAUCUCAAUUUUUUUUUUCUUUUU